CCUGUGUUAGUUGCGAUUGUAAUGCCAACGCAAACGGAACGCGGCGGGCGUUCGCGUCGCGAGUUGUGUGCGUGUGUAUGUGUUCGUAAAAUGAAAAUGUGUUUUUUUCGUUAGAGCCGGAGCAGCUAAAGAAUCGUAGCUAAAAUAAAUCAUGUAUAUCAAAAUCGAAGAAGCCAAAGCGUUGCAGCCAAAGAUGAAAUCAACAACCAGAAAUUGCCAGUCAUAAAAAAAGGAAGUGCUUCCAAAAAGUAAGACACAGACACACAAUCACACGGACAUUAAGAGUAUGGAAACGGAGUUUUGUGGCCGUGGAGCAAUGAGCGCCAGCCAAACGCCGCGUAAUGGUGGCUUCUGUGGUGCACUCCAGCGUGCACCGCCAGCGAUGCCGCCGGCUCUGCAACGCCGUCUCUCCAGUCGGGAAUGCUAUGGCGUUGGCAAAGUCAAAGUCAUGUUACGCGUCGCCGACAAAGCGGACAGCGGCGCCGACAGCAGCAGCUGCCUUGAGUCUGGCUGCUUUAUGGCGCUCGACAAGAAGAAGCGACAGGUGACACUAACGGAUCCGAAGACCGUCUCGGCACCGCAGGCCCAGGAGCGAGCACCCAUGGUUGCGGCACCUAAAAUGUUUGCCUUCGAUAAUCUAUUCACAGCAGAGGAUAAACAGUCGGAUGUUUGUGCGGCGGCCUUAAGCGAGGUAAUACCCGCCGUGCUGGAGGGUUCGGAUGGUUGUCUGCUGGCCAUGGGCUAUCCGGGCACGGGGCAAACGCAAACGGUGCUCGGCGACCUGGGAGCUGGUGCUUUGGGCGCAGCGCCCUGUGCCAUUGCCUGGCUGUAUAAGGGAAUUCAGGAGCGUCGACAGAAGAGCGGAGCCCGGUUCUCUGUGCGGGUCAGUGCGGUGGGCAUCAAUGCGACCAAGCCGGACGCUCUCUCCACGGAUUUGCUCAUCUCACAUGCAGCUGAAUCUGACGACUCCCCGGGGAUUUAUUUGCGUGACGACUUCCUUGGCGGCCCGACGGAACUACGUGCACCCACCGCGGAGCGUGCAGCGCUAUUUCUUGACUCCGCAUUGGCCGGACGUUUAAAAAGUUCCGGAACAGGCAAUUCCAGCAGUUCAACAGCGACGUUGGAGUCCGCACUCAUCUUUACGCUGCACGUCUACCAGUACAGCCUGUCCCGCAAGGGCGGUGUUGCUGGUGGCCGGAGCCGUUUACAUAUCAUCGACUUGGGCGGCUGUGCCAAUCGCAGCGGUGGUCUUCCACUUUCGGGCAUUGGCAAUAUUUUGUUGGCCAUAUUGAGCGGUCAGAGGCAUCCGCCCCACAAGGACCACCCGUUGACGCCGCUGCUAAAGGACUGCCUGGCCCCCAUUACCUGCCAUGUGGCAAUUGUCGCACAUGUCCUGCAGUCAGCGCAUUCGUAUCAGGAUGCUUUGGCCACCAUACAGAUUGCCUCGCGUAUUCAUCGCUUGCGUCGUCGCAAACACCGUGUGCCCAUGCCCCUGGCUGUGGGUCUGGCCCAGGGCCUGAACUCGGGCGGUGCGGGCUCCUCGGCUGGGUCUGGCGCCGAUCCCUCCAGCUCGGAGAUCUCAGCGGACACUGUCAUCUAUAUGGGACCCCAUGAUGAUGCCACCGACGGCGAGCAUCCGCCUGUCUAUCUGCCCUCGCUCAAUGGCUCCACGGAUAAUCGCGCCCUGCUCGGCAAGGCCUUGAAGGGCAGCGGUGCAGAGAAGCCAACGGCGCCACAGCUCAAAUCAAACUGCGCCAGUCCACUGAUGAAGAAGGCCGCCGUGGAGAAGGCCAAGAAGCUGCAGUCCUCUGUGAGUUCCACAGGCAGCUUGAAGCGCCACAAUGCCGCCACUGUUGCCUCUAGCUGUGCUGCCUCCGCGAUGCUGCCACAGCACAGCGCGCUGGCUCAGGAGCUGCUGCCCUCAGCACCCGGCUCACCCAUUCCUAGACACAUGUGCUCCAAGGCCUCGAAUAUGCCAACGCCCAAGGGCUCGCCGCUGCGUCGUCCGCAUGGCUCGACGCCAGGCGCAGCGCUGGAGCAGCUGGAGGCGGGCAUGCGACAGAUCACCGAGGAGCAGUGGAUCGACGGACCACGCGUCUCGCGGGCCAAGGUGGCCGAGGCACGGCAUCUGAUGCGCGAGGUGAACCACGUGAAGCAGUGCGAAACGUGGGUCGAUGGACCCAAGUCCCAAUCGAGCCGCUCCCUGACAGCGGGCAAUCUGCCAACGGCUGCCCCGACGCAGGGCUACGGCUUUAUGGAUGCGCAUAAAAAGACAAUGAUCAGACAGUGGGUGGAGAAUCAGACCUCGCAAGUCUUCCAGGGUGCGGCCAGCGUCUCGGCGAGCAGUUCACCCACAGCGCUGCAUCUGAAACUCUCCCAGCUCAAGCAGAAGUCACUUGACCUGCCGGAGCGACCUCUGUUCCAGCCAGAAGCCCUGCCGGAGCUGCCUCAGUGCCUGGAUAGUCUUCCGCUGCUGGGCAGCUGUCCAGAUGCCCAGCCCGAUGGCGAUGAUCAGGACAGCGGUCCGUCGGAGGUGCCGCCUGCGCUGCCGCUCCUAGACGAUCCUCUGGGCUCCCGGGACAUCUCCCACGACAGUCUGCAUCGCAUGCUCUCCAGGCACGAAUCGGAGCUGGCUGUCAGUCGUGCCUCCUCGCAGCAUCCGUCGCAGCGCAGCAUCGACUGUGGGCUACAGGUGACGGAGGAGGAAAUCGCUCGCACCAUGGCGCGCAGUGAAAGGGAGAGGGAACGCGAUAGGGAGAGGGAGAGGGACAGGGAUAGGGAGCGAGAGCGUGAGCAGACGCAUCCCUUGGCCGCGCUUAGUCACUCCGACAAUUUAUCCUUCGUGUCCAGCUUCAACAUGGCCUGCGAGUCCUUCAGUGAGUGCGGAGAACGCGCCAGACAUCAAUUCGAUCAGCUGGCCCGCCUGCAUGAGAUCUUCACCUCGCAGCUGGCCAUGGCCGAGGUGACGCCCUCGUCGGCGCUCUACCGCACGGAGGUGGGCAGCGUGUUCAGUGAGCCCGCGUUCCGCUUCAAUGUUGGCCAGAGCAGCGUUUGCAGCGAGCCCGCCUACCGUCUGACGCCAAGUCCACCCAAGCAGCCGUCGCACAGCCCGAGCCAGGGCUCGCUGCCCAGCUUGAACGGCAUCAUGGAGAUAGCGGGCAUGGACGACUAUGCGCUGCUGCGCCAGCCGGACGGCGCCUCCGAUCCCAGCCUGCCGAAGAGCGAGAAGCGCUUCGCGCCGCAGCACGACGACAUCAGCGAGCUGGAGGAGAAGGAACGACGCAGCUCGCUGGAGGAUGCGCAGCACAAGCUGAAUGAGAUUACGAAUAUACUGCCGCUGGCGGCGCAGUCCCGGCUGCCGCUGCUGCCACUCAAUACCAGCUCGGAGGCAUACGACAGUGGCCACGAUUCCUCCACGCCGCGCACCUCCAAGCACUCGGGCAUCUCGCGGAGGGCGGAGAGCGGCUAUCACAGCGUGGCGACCGUGCGGGACUCGGACGAGAGUAGCUUUGCGUCGGGCAUGUCGAAGAGUCAGCGGCAUCGCAUCACCAUUCCGGGUGGCCAUUAUCAGCGACACGGCAAGAAACGCCAGCGGCAGGAGGGCAACAAGGGUCUGUGCAAUUGGUUGCUCCAUCCGUUCUCCUGCACCUAUCCAGAGACUGAGGGCGAGAUCAGCGACUUCUAACUCCGAACGGAGACCCCCCACCAAAACGAAAUUCAACCAGUGAAAACAUAUGAGAGAUACAAGGCCAAAGAAUUUGUAAGCACACACACACAUACACAUCAACCAGACAUAUAUUGAAGCAAAGGAAAACCAGCGACUGAUUAACUUUUACUUGGCGCCGGCUGCCACAAACCAAUUUUAAACGAAAAGGAAGAAGACGAAGCACACGACGAAGAGGAGGAAGCGAAACCUAAUCUAAUCUAACCCAACUACCUAAUUAUACCUAUGCUAUAAAGAAAGGCGCCAUUAACACUCACACACACACAUACAAACACUCAC